AGACUAAUAGAGGGGAAAAACCAAACCAAGACUCAGAGAGAAGGAAAAAGAAAAGGGGAAAGAAAAGGAGGAGGGAAGACAAAGGAAUCGAUAGUCGGCGCCCCUUGUCUACGCCGACCAAUCAUAGUUAUCCUUUUUUUUUUCUCCAUCUCCACUACUUUCUCUCUCUAGAAAUUUCCCCUACCAAACGCUCCCUCUCUUUCAUUCUCUCUCUAAGGAAAAAAGAUUCCUUCUUCUUCUUCUUUUUGUUGGUUAUUAUAAAACCCUAAUCCUCUUCUCUUCAUCUGGUUCCUUUCUUGUUCUUAGUUUCUCCUACUGUUUUUCAUUUUCCUUUAUUUUUUUUUUGGAAGUUGUACUUCUGUUUACUUGACUGAGGUUUUUCCGAGUAAUUUUUUUUCUAAUCGGAAGAUACCCAGUUUUUUAUUUUUUUCCAAACCUUCAAUUUUAUCUGAUCUGUUGUUGGGGUUAAUCAUUUCUUUAGUUGACUGAGAUUUAUAAUUGAUUUGUUAAAUUUCUUGGAUUAAGUCAUGAAGGGUGUUACUGAUGAGCAACCCAUGGCUGUAGUUGAGAGGGUUGAGGAUGGUGAUAAGGAGAAGAGGAGAAGACGCCGAUCUAAUCGCCGAUCGAAGCACAACUCAGCUUCUGGUGUAGUAGAUGAAAUUCAUGGGGAGGUUCCAGAGGACUCAAAAAAUGGUGGCAAAGCAAAAAUUUCGCCCUCAUCUAUGGAUCAUUUAUCAUCAAAGCAGUCAGGAUCAGGCAUGCAUAAUCUGAAUGACCAUGGUGUGACCAGAGCGUCCAAUGUUGCUUUCGUUUCUAUGCCUUCAAUGCAUGUGUAUGAGCGACCAGAGCUAGAUGGUACGAAAAGGAUGGAUGAUCAGCAUGGUUUUCCUGCUGAUUUUCGUGGAAGAAUGUUUUCAAAGUCAUGUCCUGAACCACUUGCAUGUGGAAGCUUGCCUGGGACAUUUGCAAAUGGUGAAAUGCUUGGUGUUGAGGCUUCUGCUUUACGUAGACUUUUUGCUCCUCACUGGUCUAUUGAUGCUGUGAAUGAAGCAUUAGAGAAAGGCGAAGUUUUUAAGGCAUUGUUUCAUGUGAAUGCUCACAACCGAAUGGAGGCCUAUUGCAAAAUUGAAGGACUACAAAUAGAUGUUUUGAUUAGUGGAAUGGCAUUUCAGAAUAGAGCUGUUGAGGGAGAUAUUGUGGUCAUCAAGGUUGAUCCUUCAUCUUUAUGGACCAAAAUGAAGGGAUUUUCCAAUAUUUCUCCACAGCCAGAAGAUUGUUGUAUGCGUCCAGAAAUAGAUGAGCUGGCUAGUGGUGGCCACAAGGGUAAAGGUAAGGCAGAUGUGCAUUAUGAGAAUGGCCAGUUCAGGACUGGGGUGUCUUUGGAGAAGCGAUUACAUUGCAAUGGGGGUUCUUUUACUGGAGAAACUUCUCAUUCUCAAGAUGUUGGACAAGUAGGUUCUACUUGUGUCAAUAGCCAUUACCCCACCGUGUUAGAUUCCUCACAUGUAGGUUCAUCUUGUGGGAUUGAUGGACGUGUUAAUGCUGUGGAGAAUUUAUGUGCCACUAUUAGUUCAUUCCCAUCUAAACGACCAACUGGCAGGGUCGUCGCGAUUAUUGAAAAGUCUCGUCGUCGGGAUGCUAUUGUUGGUUUUAAAUGUCAAACAGUGGUUUUCUACCGGGAAUGUCACAAAGACACGAAGAAGAACCAGUCUUUGUUUUCAGUUUCGGACAAUGAGUACAUCCAGUUAAUGCCAAAUGACCCAAAAUUUCCUAACAUGGUGGUUCUUAUUAGAGACUUGCCUGAUUGCAUCAAGAAAAGACUGGAGAGUGGGGAUGAAACAGUUGAAAUGGAGCUGGUUGCUGCACAGCUUGAUGAUUGGAGUGAAGAAAGUCCUUUUCCACGAGCCUGUGUCAUGGAUGUUUUGGGAUGUGGCAAUGAAUUGCAAGCCCAGAUCAAUGCUAUAUUAUAUGAAAAUGCAAUUAUUUCUUCUGAGUUCUCUCAUGAAUCUCUUUCCUGUCUUCCACCUAUCCCUUGGGAGGUUCCACAAGAAGAAUUUCAGCGUAGGACAGACCUUAGAAAUUUGUGUGUAUUUACUAUUGAUCCUGCCACAGCUACUGAUCUUGAUGAUGCUCUAUCCAUUGAACAUUUAUAUGGGGGCAUUUCUAGAGUUGGUGUGCACAUUGCUGAUGUCUCAUAUUUUGUUUUACCUGACACAGCCUUGGACAUGGAAGCACAGAUUCGAUCAACAAGUAUCUAUAUGCUGAGAAGUAAGUUGCCAAUGUUGCCGGCAGUGCUUUCCGAGGAAAUAGGUUCUUUGAAUCCUGGAGUAGAUAGACUUGCAUUUUCUAUCUUUUGGGACCUAAACAGUGUGGGGGAUGUCAUAGAUCGUUGGAUUGGUCGCACCAUGAUACGGUCUUGUUGCAAGCUUUCAUAUGAUUUUGCUCAGGAUAUAAUUGGUGGAGUGAAUGAUAUGAGGGAUCCUAGCACCUUAGUAAAUGGGUGUCCUCAGUUGCAUGGCCCUGUUGAAUGGGAAGACAUAAUUAGAUCUGUUAAAAGCCUGCAUGAAGUUUCAGAAAUUUUGAAGAAGAAGAGAUUUGAUGAUGGGGCUUUACAGCUUGAGAGUUCCAAACCUGUUUUUUUAUUUGAUGAAAAUGGAAUUCCAUAUGAUAGUAUGCUUUCUUGUCAGAAGGACUCGAAUUUUCUUGUUGAGGAGUUUAUGCUUUUGGCAAACAGGACGGCUGCUGAAAUUCUAUCCAGGGCUUUUCCAGAUAGUGCAUUAUUGCGGAGACACCCUGAACCAAAUAUGAGGAAGCUUAAAGAGUUUGAAGCUUUUUGUUAUAAACAUGGUUUAGAGCUAGAUACUUCUUCCUCUGGUCAGUUUCAUCUGUCUUUGGAGCGAAUUAGGGAAAAGCUAAAGGAUGAUUCAGUGCUUAUUGAUAUUCUUAUCUCAUAUGCUGCGAAACCAAUGCAGUUGGCCUCAUACUUUUGUAGUGGUAAUUUAAAGGACAAUGUGACUGAUUGGGGUCACUACGCCCUGGCUGUUCCAGUCUACACUCAUUUUACUUCACCACUGCGUCGUUAUCCAGAUAUUGUGGUGCAUCGGACACUGGCAGCUGCAAUUGAGGCUGAGGAGUUGUAUUUAGAGCGAAGAAAAACAUCAUGGAAGGAAAACCAAGGGCAGGUUGUGAAAAGAUGCUUCACUAGUAUCAAAUUUGAUAAAGAUGCAGCAGAAUCUGUUGAAGGCAGGGAAAUAUUGUCAACUGCAGCAUUAAAGCAUGGAGUUCCAUGCACAGAUAUCCUUGCAGAUGUUGCAGCUUAUUGCAAUGAGAGGAAGCUAGCGGGUAGGCAUGUUAAAGAUGCCUGCGAUAAACUCUAUACAUGGGUAUUGCUGAAGAAAAAAGAGAUUUUGUUCUCAGAAGCUAGAGUAUUGGGUCUUGGCCCAAGGUUUAUGUCCAUCUAUAUUCAUAAGUUAGCUAUUGAACGUCGAAUAUAUUAUGAUGAUGUUGAAGGCUUGACUGUUGAAUGGCUUGAGGCUACUUCUACAUUGGUCCUUAGUUUAUGUGCCCACAGACGUUCUUCUAGGAAAGGUGCUCCAGGUUAUGACAGGGCAAUAAAAUGAGGCUGCAUGUAUUAUAAAGUCCUUGUGACUUGAGUGUGGAAAUCAGGCACGAAGGCAAAUAACACUCUUGAAUUAAACCAAGAGAUUGCUCCUGAAGUUUUCCCCCUAACAAUACGUCAGCUUUCUACAAUACCAGUAGCACUCCAUGCGGUUGGUGGAGAUGAUGGGCCCAUUGACAUUGGUAUAAGGCUUUACAUUAGUUCAUAUUUGAGAUGAUAAGUCAACAAAGAUGUUUGCAGCAAUGAAGGUAAAAUGGAGCUUUGGAAGGAAUGGGGAAAGCUUUUUGUAGAUAAAAACAAUUAGUGUAUAGUUGAAGUAGAAUUUUAGGGCAUGAAGAUGCAUGGUUUUUAUGUUUGCC